AUGUAUAUACUUUUAUUUAAUUUUAAAUAUAUAUUUUAUAUAAAAUAUAUAUUAAGACAGCACAAUAGAAAUAUUUUACGCAUUUGAAUCUUAUUCAGCAGAAUACCUUUCAAAAAAGUACAUGUUUCUGAUAAAAACGAUCCAUUUUCUGCCCUUAAUUCAAAUAUGGAAUUUGCUAUGCACCAGGCGGGUUUUUCUUGGGUACUAACUUCGUAA